AUGGAGGUUAGAGAGGAAAGAAUUCAACACCACAGACAAGGCGAGAAUAAAGGUGUUGACAUUCAAAGAGAAGGGAAGGGAUGUGAUGGUCAGAAUUCAACCGAAUAUAAGUCAAAGUCAACAGACAAAUCAAACGUUGAAUGCUUCCGUUGUCACAGGUAUGGCCAUUAUUGCUUAGAAUGCCAUACAAAUUUAAAUAAACAUCGAGGGGAAAGGUCUAACUUGGUUGAAUCAAAUGAGAAUGAAGAGGAAGUUUCCUUGUUAAUGGUGACUGAUCCCAAGGAAGAAACCCACAAAAUUUUGUGGUAUCUGGAUACGAGCUGCAACAACCAUAUGUGUGGAGACAGGUCUACAUUUUCAGACUUGGAUGAAACUUUUUGUACAACCAUAAAGUUUGGAGAUAAUUCUUUAGUUUUUGUUAAGGGAAAGGGAAAGGUAAAAGUCCAAACUAAGGCCACAUCUGUUCAGACUAUCUCUAAUGUUGUUUUUGUUCCAAAUCUAAAAACAAAUUUACUUAGUGUGGGUCAACUUCUAGAGAAGGGAUUUGAAGUUAUUAUCAAAGAUGGAUUCUGCAAAAUCCAAGAUUCCAAGCAUGGAUUGGUUGCUAAAGUUAGCAUGACUGCGAAUUGGAUGUUCCCUCUAUAUUUUCAGAAUAUUGGCAACUCUUGCUUUAUGGCAAAAUUGAUGAAUUUGGCAUGGCUGUGGCAUUAUCGAUAUAGGCAUCUGAAUUUUGGAGGAUUAAAGGCUUUACAGUAA